AUGUCUCUUCUCUCGUCCAAGACGAAGAAGACACCGGGAGGAGGAAAAACGAGCAGCAGAUGGGAGAGUUUGAGCACGGACAGACAGUUGUUGGUGUUUUCUUUGCUCACCGUCGUCGGUUUGAUCGGGAAAUCGAUGUCCGAACACGAGAAGUGCGCGCACGCGCACCACCGGAUUUCCAUUGGUGAUUAUUCCUCCUCCUCUUUUGCCACUGGAAGGGGUGGUGAAGGCGAUGGAUACGAUGGAUACGCGAGGACGGGACAUUUGUCGUCGUCGUCUGAAUCGUGUCCAUCCGCGGACGAGUUGUGCCCGUCCAGCGACUCGAAACGACGCGUGAGAGACUCGGCGAUACAAAUCGAGUUGAAGAGGAAAAAAAUAGAAGUGGAGGAGCUUCAGAGAGCGCUGGCGAAGAAAAACGGAAACGGAUCCAAAGAGGAUCCCUUGGCGAAAGAGUUGGAGACGAUGUCCUCGGAACUGGCAAAGUUACGGGCGAAGUUGCGAACGUAUAAAGUGAGCGAGCAACAGGCGAUAUCGGACCGGAAGAAUUGCGAGAAGACGCUGGAGUACGGCGGCGACGGAUGUCAGCGGCAAGAGUUACCGAUCGGGAUGGAGUCGUGCGAAAAGCUCGCCGAAUAUAGAAAAGGGUUGGAGAAGAAAAUCAUCACUUUGAAAAGAGAGGCGUGGACGAACAGAGAUAAGAGCGCGAACCAGUGCGCGGGAAAAUUAGCCGCGGAGAGGCUGUUAUGGAUGGAUAGAGCGACGGUAGUGAUGACGGCGGCGAUUGCAGCCGGGACGGACGAGAGAACGCUGGAUUCGACCGGAAUUAUUCAAACCGAAGCGAGGAGAAGAGUAUUAGCCGCGGAAAGAGAAAUAGCGUAUUCGAAAAAGUAUCCCGGGUCGCCGGUAUUUAACGGCGUCGGGAGUGCGGCGAAUGAAGCGGAUUUGUCCAUCGUGUUCAAGAGAGCGCUGUUGGAAGCAAGGAACGAGAUGUUGGCGGAAGAUAAGAAAAUCGACGAGGCAUGGAUCGACGAGUUGUUGCAGAUUCCCGAGUUGAACGGUGGGAAGAGAAACGGCGCGAAAAGAUGGACGCCAGACGAGCGGCAAAAACACAGCGAAGAAUGGGAAGAAGCGGUGAGGAAAUUAACGCCGUCCAUCGUGGAAGGCGUUCAAGUGAAAACUAAAAAUCCGAAAGACGUGAUUAACUAUUUCGCGAGAACCGUAGAGGCGGAAAGAGCUAUGCCGCAUGUGUUUGGAUUAGUCGAGAGAAAGGGAGGGCCUUUGCAGUGGGAAGGCAAAUUCGCUCGAUACGCCGCGCGCAAAAACGCGCGAAGGUCGAAAAAUGUCAAAGGCGGCGUCGUCAAGAAAGCAGACGGGAAUUCAACCGGCGUUUCAAACACAUUGUUUCGUUCCGCGUUAGUCGACGAUGUGUUACCGGACGUCGCGCCUCCGCCAGAAUACAAAAGAUGCGCGUUAGUUGGAAACUCGCAAAGAAAUUUAAUCCAUGAGUACGGCGAGGAAAUCGAUAGCCACGAUACCGUAUUUCGCAUGAACAACGGACCGACUUUAGGAUUUGAAAAGUACGUCGGCACGAAAACAACGCAUCGAAUCGUGAAUAAUCUCUGGACGAAAGCGUACGGUGCAUCGGUGUAUAACUUAGCGCGACUUCCACUAGAAUGGAACGCCACUUUACUCGUUUCUAGAACCGACGGCGAGGAUUUCUACAACGUAGUUUCCGAGUUGAAAAAUCGACGACCGGACGUCAAUGUCGUUCGCAUCAAUCCACCCGGGGCAGCUGCGGCGAGCGAUUUGUUAGACACCUUGCGCAAACGCAUUGAAUCGAAGAGAGGUUUAACCUACCCAGGAAGAGGAUCUCCCUCCUCCGGUUGGCUCGCCGUCUUCCUCGCUAUUCAACUCUGCGAAUCCGUGGACGUUUACGGCGUCGGUUUAGGCGGAUGUUGGGGCGCCGCCGGAGGCGGGUGCAUCGGAGGGAGCGCCUGGCACUACUUCGAGAACGAUUUAGCCGAGCUCUACAAAAACUCUCGAGAAUUCGGCGAAGAUCCGCACCACUCCUUCCAGCUCGAACACGACAUGUUGCGAGCGCUCGACGAAGCCAGCCACAUCAAACUCCACGCGCCGCAAAAAUACGACUCCAUGGAGAAAGAAGCUACGUAUUUAAGAGCCAUGCAACCAACCGUCUUGGACGACGCCCAAGCCACCGCGCGAACUUUAUCCGCGAAAGCAGAUCUCAUCUGCAUCGCCUCCGUCGGCCAAACCUGCGGCUGCGAAAAGAGGUGCAUGUCGCCGACCGAGUUGCACAAUCGAGAGAAAAAAUCGAGAAUGAAAGAAGCCACGCAGGUCAUCAAGUCCUUGGAAAGAUACGACGAAAGUAGCGGUAGUAGUAGUAGCGGUACUAGCGGUAAGAGUAGGAGUCACGACGGCGACGAGAAUAACGAAGAUGAUUAA